AUGCGAGAGGAGGUCAAGCCUCCGGCUAGAGUUGCUGCGCGUUGCCGCUCUGCAGCUGCGGACGCGAAGAUGCGCGGCAGAGCUGCCGGCGCCUCUGGAGGGGAUGGCGACUGCCAAGAGAGCGCAGAGGCAGAGGGGUCAAGCCUGAAACAGGGCGAGGGAGGCGACGGCUGGAAUGGCGAAGGCGCAGCAGAGGUGGGAUUCCGUCCUCGCUCACGCUCUUCGUGCGCCUCCGCCGGCGUGUGCGGCGCGUCUCUGCGCUCCCGAUUUUGUCGCUACUCGCCUGCCGAGGCGCGGACCCUCCUCAACCAGCUCUUCGCCUCUGCUUCUGUUUCGUUUGUUUCGCCAGAGGCUCAGCAGUCCGCGGAGGAGGCUUCAUCUCCUCAUGCGGCUGCUCCGAGUCACAGCGGCGCGACAUCGAGCUCUCCGCGAGCUCCGGAGAACGGACCUCUCUCCGCCUGGAGCAGAUGUCCCGCAUCGGCACCGCCCCCGCGUCCUGCGGUCAUCUCUUGGGCGCCCGCGUCUCCGCCUUCCUCUGCACUGCGCCCCUUGCCUGCCGAGUCGACCUCUUCUUCACCUGCUUUUUCUCUUCCGCCUCCCUCUUGUUCUUCUAAAGCGUCGCCUGCGGUGGAGCGCGCGCGUCCCUGGGGGGUUCCGUGUGGGUCGCUUUCCUCUGCCGCCGAGACUGCCUCGCUGUCGAGCGAUUUGCUUUCACACGCCCACAGCCCUCUGGCGCCUCCACAGGUCUCUGCUUCGCGCACCACAGAGGCUGAAUUCUUGCAGCCGAGGAGAGAAGGCGAGGCGAAGGCACGCGAGAGCGACAGGCGUGACUGCGGCGGAGGUGCGGCCUGCGCAGACGACGGAGAGGCGUCAGAUGAUCCCCAGAUUCUCAUUGUGAUUGUCGCCUACCGCGACAGAAAGGAACAACUCGCGCAGUGGCUGCCGUGUCUGAUAAGCUACUUGCAGGCCGUCUGCAAUCUCGAGCGCCGCCCGCACUACGAACCGAAGUGCGCAAUCGUCUUCGCAGAACAAGCUGACGCGGGCGCCUUCAAUAAGGGCGCGCUGCUGAAUGCCGCCGUCGCGUGGAUCUUCCAAAAUCUCUCUCAGCUCGACCUGGCGCUCGCGUCGGCGAGGCCUUCAAGCGACCGCCGGCGUCGCGCAUCAAGUUCGAUUUCUUCCCUCUCCUCGGCUGCGUGCCCACCGCAGUCGCCCCCCUGUCGCCCGGUCUCCGUCGCAGCCGCGCUUGCGCCAGCCGCCUCCUCCUCACCGCCGCCGCGUCGCUCCUGCGAGGACGCGAGGGAGGCGAUGGAAAAGCGACGCUCCCAGGAGGGCUUGAGCGGCGCGACACAAGGGAUGCAGCAUGUUUCUGCUGACACUGUCGAGGCCUUUGCCAGACGCGCCGGGGGAGAUGAAAGACAGGAGAAACGCGAGCGGGAUGCACACGCAGAGUCUCCGGAGAAGAAGCGAAAACAAGCCCCGGGGCUGCCGGCAGAGUCUUUGCGGUGCCGCGAGGCCCUCAAGGAGACGGCGGAGGGAGAGAAGUCGAGUAUCGAUCGGAAGCCGAGCAGAGAGAGAGACAACGAUGGAGGCAAAAGGGCUCCUGACGAAACCCGACAGGCCGGCGAUCCCUUGUCUUCAUUUUCCAAGCGUCUCCGCGAGGCGGGACGCCACUUUUUCUUUUGCUUCCAUGACGUGGACGUCGUCCCCAAAGGACGCUACGACGAUUUCCUGUUUCGCGACAGCCGCCCGUGCGCGUACUUCCCCGCGCCGCCCCCGGGCUGCGUGCACCAGCUGUACGGUCACCGCUGGUGCCUGGGUGGCGUUCUGGUCCUGAGAUGCACGGACUUCUUGCGAGCUGGCGCUUGGUCGGUGCGGUAUCCAGGCUGGGGCUACGAAGACGACGACUUCCUCGCCCGCUGCCUGCACAGCGGUCUUUGGGUGGAUCAGUCGACGCUCCCCGGCGUUUUCCCCGCGCGACUCGAUCGGCGGGCGGGCGCCGCAGGAGGGCCUCAGGGACGCGGGCUGUCGCAGGGGUUCGCGGCUGCAGCCGCAGAGAGCCUGGAUCAAGGUGCGCGAUGGCGCGGCGACGAGGCGGAGGCCGGAGCGCCGCCGUGCGCGUGCGGCUGCUUCUCGGAGCGCCUCAGCCCCUGGAGCGCCUUCCGCGAGCUCGACCGGAAGUCGGCGCAGGCGAUGGAGAACGAGCAAAGGAAAAUGAUGCAGAGCGCCGCAGCGGCUGCCAACAAGAAGCUGUUCUUCCAUGCGUGGCGGCUGACCGAAGAGACUGAGAACGAAGCCUCGCAGGGCGACCUCUCGGCUCGCGGAGAUCCGCGGGCGCCUCCUGCCGCCCGGUGCAGCGACGCGGAGGGGCACGCGGAAGGAGGAAGCGCGCCGACACUCGACACGCCGGCGAGCAGCGCAGACUCCAAGUGCGAAGAGGCACGCGAAUUGGAUGCGGAUGCCGAAAGGGCGAAUGGCGCGCAGGAAAGCGAAGCGAUGCAGGAAAUCGCUCAGCUUCAGCCCGCGCGAGACGCAGACGCAUCAGAGGCGAAGCGAGGCGGAGGUGCAGAGAUGAACACAGCUGAACCAAGAAGCGAGGAGGCCGCGGAGAUUCACGUAGAAGACGGCUUGGACGCCGUGCUCCACGCGUGGCUAGUUCAGAAAACGAUUUCCAUCGCGCCUCGGCCGCAUGCGUUCGCAGAAUUUCUACCGAUUUUACCCCGAUACGGAGAAGCCGGUGCCGAGGAGGCAGGCGAAUUCGACACAGCCGAGAGUGAGAGGCUUGCGGAGAGCGACCAGCGAGAGGAAGUGGCAGAACAAGGCGACAGUCAAAGCACGUGUGACUGGUUUAUCCCGCGAGACACAGCAAAAGCCAUUCCUCUCCUUUGGGUCCGCGUCGAGCUGAACGAGGCCUUCCGGAAUCCCUUCUCCUAA